GGCCACUCCUUAGAUGCUCCUUGGUAAAGACAGAUGUAGGGCGUACCAAGAGAACAUCAUGUCGUGAUCAUUUCCAAAAGUAAUAAAUACAAGCAUAUAUUCGGAACCGACUCUUUUCAAGCUUCUCGUGUUGAUCAUUCCUUUCUAUGGCAAAUUUCUAGGCAGUUGCGAUUUCUCCCUCUAUACUCCACAACACCUUCCAUGGUUCAUCUGCCGCUUCCGUAUCAUCUGUGAUCUGCUGGACAGAUCAGACAAGUUCAAUCCCUUCAUUCGAUCAGAUGUCGAAUCUGCAGAGGCAUGUCAUCGCGAUUCUUUCGUAGUGGUGGCGACGACUCUUCCAGCGACGAUGACUCCUCCGCCGAAGAAGACGUGCGUGUAGAAGAAGAGCCCCGGCAGAUCAAAUUCACCACGUCUAAAGAUAGUCCGGCCAACAGAGGAGGCGCAGGACCUUCACUGGCUUUGUCUCAGCCUUCUUUGAACAGUUCGCACAGGGAUGUGCUACUGCAUGCCCUUCUCGAAGAACGCUGUGUCAGUGAAGUUCUUCGCGAACACGAAUGGUCUCGACGCGGGUCAGCAGAUAUCCGGAAAGAAGCACAGGCAAGAUAUCAACGGCUGUGUUCUCGGCUCGCACCUCUCAAUCUUGUGUCAUCUGGACUGGAACAGGAGAGUCAUGCCGAGACUCGUCAGGCGUAUCGUGAUGGAUUGAAUAUGCUUUCCGGGAGGAGCCAUCCUUCCAUCAGGCAACAGUCCAUCGUGAAAGCCGUGACAAAGCUUCUCACUGAAUCGGUCAGUCCAACAGUUCUUGAGCAGUUGCCCGAAGAAGCCGGGCCAGUCUCAUUGUGGAAUCAGCCCCGUGCUUCUACAAUGUCUAGCAGUCAGUACCUGCGGGAUUUUGAGGAAGUCGGUUUACUGGGCAAGGGUGGCUAUGGUACCGUGUACCAUGUCCGCCAUCGCCUAGACAGCCAUGCUUACGCCGUCAAAAAAGUACGCAUUGAUUCCUCCGCUAUGGCACAAGUCAAUUCGGCUCAAAAGCAGCAUGAGCUUGAAGAGGUUCUUGUGGAGUUGCGCACCCUUGCGAAAUUGGAGCAUCCGAACGUCGUUCGAUACUACAGCAGCUGGGUGGAGUGGACAACACCGUCGACAAAGAACAGAGGCAAUGCCGCUUUCAGAGAGACCACCGACGUUUCUGAAGAUAUCACAGACUCAACGGGAUUACAUCGCGUCAUCACUGCUGAUACGGACAGUGAUCAUGACAGCGGCAAUUUCAUUACAUUCGCCGAGCCGUCUGGACCGAUUUCCGAGAUCAGCAAAGCUUCGUCUAGGUCGCAUCGUCGUUACAAGAGCGUAGAUGUGUCGAAUAGAGACACCGGCGCGAAUGACGGCCUCGCCAUCGCGUUCGAGCCCACAGAUGGCUACUCGUUUGCGCCAUCAGCAGUCUCUGAGAGUGGAUUCACUGCAUCUGGAUUCGGCAAGCUUCAGACUAGCUCGGAACCUUGUCUUGCAUUACACAUUCAGAUGGCACUUUACCCAAUGACACUCGCCGAAUUCCUCACACCAGGCCUAUCACCAAGUGUCAGCAAAUCGCCUUCGUCUGCUGCCCCAACAUUGACCCACUGUUUUCAUCUCGAACCAUCCAUCCGCAUCAUGCUUGCUCUGCUCGACGGAGUCGAUUAUAUCCACUCUCGCGGCAUCAUUCAUCGUGAUCUCAAACCAGCCAAUAUCUUCUUGCGCGUUGAGGACGACUGCAAAUCAACUCCUGCCUCCACUCCUCCCAAACAGGGCAGCAUCGAUUUGGGUCUCUGCGAACCAUGCCGCGCCCACACAGCGCCUUCCUCUCCUCCAGUGGACAGCUCAACCAGCGCCGGCCCUAAAAUUUGCAUCUGCAUCGGCGACUUCGGUCUUGUAAGCAAAAUCACCACCCCGGCGACUUCGUCAACUUCCGCUCUGUCAUCUGUCAUGUCGCCACCAAUGUCUCCCACCUCUACCGCGAACACUCGACAAGUCGCAUCGCCAACAUUGCCGCCUCCAAAUCGUGUCGGCACAGAGCUUUACCGCCCUAUUGAUACGCCCGCGAUCAGCGGCAGUGCACCUCCGAUCGGUCCUGCAACAGACCUUUUCGCGCUAGGCAUCAUCGCUUUUGAACUCCUAUAUCCCUUCUCAACGCAAAUGGAGCGGAGGACGACCUUGAUGAAUCUCCGUAAAGGAGAGUUUCCAGACGGAUUUCCUGAGCUGGCCAGAGAGGUCAUCGGCGAGAUGCUCGGCUUUUCUUGUACGACGGAUGCGGCGGGCACAUGCCUCGAUGACGAGGAUAAGACGGGUGAGGGUAUCACGGUGGAAGGGCUGAGGAAGAGGCUGGCGGGAAUGCUGGUCGAGGAAUAGUAUUUGAUGUGCCAGUUUUAAUUGAAUUCACGUACGCAUUGCCCCCAAGUCCUGACCGAGAGAGCCGGUUCGAUGGACACGUCCUCGUCGAUCGUGUGAAAUUUGUGGUUGAAGACAUCGACGUUAGUAUCGGGCUGCCUAAAUGGUGUAAAAUAGUCUUGGUGCUGCAUUAUCACCUUAUCACCGUGAAAUGAUCCUGAAAACGGAGGAUUGGUGUGCAGAUAAUUGGACCA